AUGGGACCUCGAGGAUGUUCCUUCUCUGGCUUUUCCCAGCCGGGCGAUAUUCACACAGCAUUCGAUAUUCCCCGAGGAGUCGAUGCUGAAGAGUGGCUCCGCAUGAGGGAGCGCAAGUCCAUCAACCAGAUCCUCUAUUCCAGCUACCCCUCACAACAAGAGAUCGAUUCAGCCAAGGACCAAAAACAGAUGGACGCAAUGAACGUGAACGAACAAGAUCUUCUCGCUGUCGCCCUCGGCGCACCGGCGAGGCAAGUGAUGCUGAGAGCGGAGGAGAUUGGCCCCGCGACAGGCUGGAAAGACGGCUACCUCAGCAUAGAACACGGCUUCUGCCCACCCGACUACGACGAGGCCGCCGGCGCCCUGGCCAGAUCCCCUGGUCGUAUCUGGUCCGAUCUUGCCGAGAGAAUGCCUGGAUGCGUGUCCCGCGGUCGCGUGAGAGAAUCGAUCGCCGCAGCCCCCGUCAUCGAGGGUACCGAAGACAUCAUCCCCGACCAGGCGCUCUGGGCUGCGCUGGUGGCGCUGGGUAUGCUUUGCUCCAUCUACCGCUUCGAGCAAAAGUACGACGGCCACGACGGCGUUAAUGCGACUACGAACCCGUCCAAGUUGAGAUUGAACUGCAAGAUGGGUGACUACUUGGGAGAGGAGUUGGUCGGCAUUCCUCUCAGCAUCGCGCUGCCUUAUUUCCAAGUAUCCCGCCGCAUGGGACGAACACUUCCUCAUCUCACCUUUGUCGAUCAAUCUUCAUACAACCUCAAGGUCAAGGACGCCACAUCAAGCUUUCCCUACGUCGCCCGCUUCGACAACAUUGAGCUGAGAUGGCCAAUGUUUGGUGAGCGUGCUGAGGUGGCAUUCCUCAAGGGAGUUGCGGAUACAUCUGCCUCUUUUCAACAUGGCCCCGACGCCAUCGCUGCUUGCCAAGAGCACGUAAUGAACCGCAACAAUGAGGGUCUUCUCCACGAGAUGAUCCGCUUGAAAGAAAUUCUGGAGCGCAUGCCCGGCGCCUUCCACUCGAUCUCAACCAACCCCAAUGCCGGUGAGAACUAUGUCCCCGUCCAGCAAUGGGUUCGCUGGGCGAAGUUCUCUGCCCCUCUCUCGAAGCGCUGCCCCGCCUCUUCGGGCCUCCAGUUCCCGCCCUACCUAGUUAUGGACGCUUUCUUGGGCAGGAAAAAGUACACAUCCUUCCUCGGUGCUGAGGGUGUCCAUCUCCGCGCAUGGCUCCCCUCCAACCUGCGCGCUUUCAUCGCGGCUAUCGAGUACCACUACCGCAUCCCUGAGUACGUCCAGCAGUCCGGCGACCCUCGUUUGAUGGGUGUUCUCGAUGGCAUCGUUGAGGCCUACACCGGUGAGCGCGGCUUUAUGGGUGUCCACCGCUACAAGGUCUUUGGCAUCCUCGAGGUCGCUGCUAAGACGGGCCGUACCGAGACCAACGGCGCCUCUGGUGCCGCCGAUGGUGAGCGCCCAUGGGAAGAGACUCACCGUCAGUUCUCCGAGGCCAUGAAGGAGCGUCUUGAGCCCUACCGAGGUGCUCUGCCCGUUGAGCCCCACCAGAUGCGAGGCACUUUCGAAGAGUGCCGCUACGUUACCCGUGUGUUGAGCAGGUCGUUUGUCGACUCUGACCCCUCCCGCUCGAUCGCGAUGGUGACGCUUGAUAUCCGGGAUACCGGUAUCACUUGGGCUCCUGGUGACCGUUUGGCGGUGAUGCCUUUGAACGGCUGGGAAGAGUGUGCCAAGGUCAUUGCUGCUCUUGGCCUGGAGGAACACAUCGAUGCUCCCGUUGAGACUACAGGAACCUGGGCCCGCUUCGAGAUGCACCUCGGUUCCGUGAGGAGGACUGCUACUCCCAAGCUGACGGUCGGCGACAUCCUCCGCCGCGGCCACCUCGCUCCCAUCACCAAGGAGAUGGCUCUCAAAAUUCACGGGAUGCUCCACGCAUCCUCCAACACCGUCUUGCAGGUCCUGAGCACCGAUGAGUGGCCUGUGAGGGGUUCUCUGGGCGACUUGCUCCAGGAUGCCGUCACGGAUACUCCUCCCCAGAUUUGGGACAGAGUCUUCAACCUCGAAGAUCUGUCUUGGUUGGCCGACUUGGUCAAGCUCGAGGUUCCUCGCACAUACUCGAUUGCUAGCUACACGGAAGAGCUGCUGCCUGAGACGGUCGACCUUGCUGUCUCCCGCUCCGAGUACAAGCUGUGCUCGACCUUCGCAAAGGGUAGAGAUAUCUCUCGCUCUGGAGUUUCCAGCGGCUUCCUCAACCCACCUGUGGAGAUGGGUGAGAUCGACUCCGAUGACGAACUACUCAUCGGCGUCUCGCGCCCAGCCGCCUUCCAGCUUCCCCUCGACCCCAUGGCUCCCUGCGCCUUUUUCGCUGGUGGCAGUGGUAUCGCUCCCUUCCGCAGCUUCUGGCAAGCUCGUCUUGCUCAGAGCGGUCUCUCCGGUGGCAAGAACUCUUUGUACCUCGGUGUCCAGUCCCGCGAGAAGUUCUGCUUCGAAGAAGAACUCCGCCAGUACGUCAACGCGGACUUCAUGGAAGUCCAUCUCGCAUUUUCAAGAGACUCGCGAGGUCUGGCCUACGAGGGUCACGAUCUCGUCGAGAAGCACAUUCCCCCUCGCUAUAUCGAUACCUUGAUCGUCGAACAGGGUGCUCAGAUCUGCGACCUCGUGAUGUCAAAGAAGCAGGGUGGUCUUGGUGGCUAUCUCUAUGUCUGCGGUUCGGUCUCUGUGUUCGACUCCGUCAUGCAGGGAAUCCGCAAGGCGAUUUACACCUACAGAACAGCCACCGAAAGCGGCGUCGAUACUAUUGUCAACAAGGCGUUUGCUGAGAGACGCUUUAUGCUUGAUGUCUUCAUGACCCCCAAGCCCCUGCCAUGCACGCUGCCGACCAUUCCUCUAUCACAAUUGGCCCUGCAUACUGGUCACCGCCCUGGAUCGCGCAUGUGGAUUGGUGUUCACGGAAGCGUCUACGAUGUCACCGACUUCUGUCCUAUGCACCCGGGCGGAACCCUCAUCAUCAAGUCUAACGCUGGUGUCGACUGUUCAAAGUCCUUCGACAACCUCGCCCACACAAACAACCCCGAGGUGGCUUCUCUCCUGACGAAGUACUUCGUCGGUCACUUGACACCUAAGCCCGACUACGGCAGCGACGAAAUCUCCGCCCUCCAUGACCUUUGGUCCGCCUACCUCCGCACCACGGUUGAGACCCUCGUCGCUCACCAGUUUGAGAUGUACGAGAUCAUGGGCGCCUCCCUCGAGACCAACUCCUCCCACGACCCCGCCGGCAGCAACAACAUCUGGCUGCGCGAGUCCCUCCCCAACAUCAUCGCCGUCCGCACCUUCUACGGCUACCAGUCCCGUCUCCUGCAAGGCGGCUUCGCAGCCCUCUUCGGCCCGAAGCUGCAGGAGCUCGUCCUCAAACUCUCCUUCGGCGUCGCCAGCGCCAACGGCCCCGCUGCCGACACCAAGCUCCCCGACGUCCUCGGCACCGUCGCGCGCGCAAAGACCUCGGGCGACGCCGCCACCUGCACCAAGGAGGUCGCCCUCGUCGGCCAGUUCGUCUGCGAUGCCGACGCCUCCCUCCGCUUCCAGGAGCGCGGCGUCUUCGCCUACGCCGCCCGCAGCGUCGAGCUCGACAUCGCCCUGCUCGAGGACCUCCGCCAGGAGGCCUGCAACGGCAUGGACGCCUUCGACAGCAUCGCAAACUCCAUCAAGGAGUCUUCCGACCCGGACGUCGAGAAUGCCCGCCUCACCGCGCUCUCCACCUUCCUCCUCCAGGUCCUCGAGCGCAUGGCCCGCCACCUCGAGGUCUUCUACGCCCAGCUGGCCCGCUCCUCCGUCUACCAGCCCCAGCUCGAGAAGAACCCGGCCCGCACCCGUUGGGCCCUCGUCCGCAGACGCAUCCGGGAUGGUAGUCUUUUCGUCCUGGCAACCAAGGCCGAGCUCUCCUCCAACCUGCUGGACCCCGCGGCCGGCCAGAACCAGCAGCCAUACUACAUGUCGCGCGCGAACCCGAACCAGAACAUUGACUUUGACCGCGUCAUGGCGCAGGUGCAGGCCUCGCUGCGACAGGACGUCUCGGCUAUGAACCCCUCGCACCUGCAGCCUCACCAGCAGCACCCGCAGCAACCUCUGACGCUCAACGCCGUGCACCAGGCCCGAGGGCGCGUCGACACGGGCGACGUCAGCGUCGUCGCGAGCCGCGAGAACGCAGACGCCCUGCGCGCCAUGAGCAGCUUCGUCGAGAAGAACAGCCGUGCCAUCCGCCGUCUGAGCAAGAUGCCCGCCGCAAUGCCCACUGGCAUGAACUUCGAAGACAUCCAGCGCGCCGCACUGCUCGAGAUGGCACAGAGCGGCGCCGGCGGGCAGAGCGGUCUGCUGUCACCCCCAGAAAUGGCAGGUGACAUGCAUAACCAUCACCACCAAGAGCAAGGGCUGCACGUCAGGAAGGGGGGGAAUGGUAACAGGAUCCUCCCGACGCCGCCCUCAUCCCGCGGCUCCAGCCGGUCCCCCACGCGGUUCAACCAGCCCUUCGCCGUGGGAGGCAAGCCCACAGCCGAGAUGCUCCUCGCCAAACUCAACCGUCCCCGCGGCGCCUCUCUCACCAGGACGCCAAACGCAUCGCAGCCAGGCUCCCCAGCACCCUUCCCCGUCCUCCGCGGUUCACACUCGCCGCCGCCCUCGCACCACGGCAGCCAGCACCCCGUCGACGCGCAAACCGCGCUGAGCUCGAUGAUGAGCCGCCUCAACACGCGGCCGCGCAGCGGCUCCGCCGCCAUGAUGUCGAGCACCGGCGGCAUGCACUCCCCCGCGCACCCAGCAGCGGGCGGCGGCCUCGCGCGCACGCGGUCGCUCAUGAGUCUAGGCAGCAGCGGCAGUCAAGCUCGCGAGCGGGGACAUGUGUCGCGGCCGUCUGGGGGUUCGCUCCGCGCGCUGAAGCUGCGGAGCGUGAUGGAGCAGAGCGAAGAAAAGGUUGCUCCCACGUUUUAG